CAUUAUGCCACUAUUUCUCAAAAAUGCGUUUCCCGUCAAAAUAAUCAUACGCAGAGGUUGCUCGUUGAUUAUGUCAGAAAAUAUGAAAAAGAAAACGUGUAUUCCAAGUACAUUACAUAUUCCCCCUUGAUCACGAACAGUAACGUUCAAACCCUUUAUUUCCUCAUAAAAUUUACUUCCUUCCUUGCAUCCCCCUAAGAGGACUUGCACGCAGCAUACAAGGAAGUUCCAGACUUCGCAUCGACGCCUCACUAAUAAUGAAACAGCCAGCAGAUGGAAAGGGUAGAAAGGAAUCAAUUACGUUCACGCAUAAGCGUUUAUGGACAGAUGGAAAAAGCACAUGCGCAUACGGAACAUACAGACGAUCAGUCCACUGACGUGUCAGUCAGUUGCGUGCAUCGUCGAGAUUUAGUUAUUAACAUGCUCGAUCGUUCAAAAUCGAAGUCUAUCGAGCCCACGAUGGACGGUUGGAAUUACAGCAUUCAGUUAAAUCGCUGGUUCCUGAAACCGAUCGGCGCGUGGCCGUUGACCCUCUGCGAGACCACGGCGGAAAAGCUCGGCUGCGUGAUCCUGACGAUAAUCAGUUGCUUCUUGAUAUGUUUUCUGGCCAUCCCGUGCACUCUCUGCACCAUCCUGGUGGACACGGAUCUCGAUACCAAGGUCAGGAUGAUCGGUCCGGUCAGUUUCAUACUGAGAGCCGCGGUGAAACAAUACAUCCUCAUCAGUCGCAGCAAAAACAUCAGCGAGUGCAUUCGGGAAAUUCGCACGGACUGGGACCGUGUCGCGUUGAAUUAUGUAAAAGAUCGAGAAAUAAUGUUAGACAAGGCAAAAUUCGGUAGAUGGCUCUCCUCCAUCAGUGCACUCUUUAUGUACUCCGCUGGCAUAUUCUUUACCACGGUGAUGCCGAUUUGUGCGAAGCGAACUGAAAUUAUCGACAACGAGACGGUGAGAUCGCUAUCUUUCCCGAUCUACCGUGGCCUCUUCGAUCCACGAACCACGCCGUCCUUCGAAAUCGCGCAAUUCAUGCAAGCUGUAGCUGGUUAUGUUAUUUAUACAAUUACCGUCAGCGUGUGCAGUCUGGCAGCAUUAUUCGCCAUGCAUGCCUGUGGCCAAUUUCGGAUACUCAUGUUAAAGAUGGAAGAUUUUGCGGACGGAAAAGAAAGAAAGAGCGCGAGCACUAUGCAUGAAGGAAGGCUCGGCGAUAUUGUGAAAUAUCACAUCAAAAUACUUAGUUUCAUUACUCGCACUGAAAAGCUUUUAAACGAAGUUUGCCUCGUGGAUGUAGUCGGAGGUACGCUAGAUAUAUGUUUUCUGGGAUUCAAUAUGAUGACGGAAUGGGAACAUCGUGAAGCAUUAGGAACGAUAACGUUCUCUUCGUUGCUCAUAUCAUUCAUUUUCAAUAUUUUUAUUCUUUGCUACAUUGGUGAACUUCUCGCUGAACAGUGUACGCAAAUUGGUAUAAAGUCUUAUAUGAUAGACUGGUAUCGUAUACCUAAUAAAGGAGCACUCGGUUUGAUAUUAGUAAUGUCCAUGUCAAAUGCCACAAUCAAGCUUACAGCUGGAAAAUUUAUGGAUUUAUCCUUGUCCAGUUUUUGUAAUAUUAUGAAAGCGUCCUUGGCUUACCUAAAUUUACUUCGUACCUUUUAUGUUUAAUAUAAUGACAUCAUCAUU